AUGGCUGACGAACGCAUCACCUGGAUCGGUCUGGGCAAUAUCGGCCGCGGCAUGUCCCGUAACAUUGCCAGCAAAGGCCCCCAAAACCACCCUCUCACCCUCUACAACCGCACCGCCAGCCGCGCCGAGAGCUUCGCCGCAACCCUCCCCGCGAACAAAGCCACCGUCUCGACCUCCCUCACCACCGCCGCCGCCGCCGCCUCCAUCAUCUUCAUCUGCGUGGGCGACGACCCGGCCAUCGACGCCAUCAUCAACACCCUCACCUCCUCCCCUGAAGUCGAUCUCAGCGCGAAGAUCAUCGUCGACUGCAGCACCGUCCACCCAGACACCUCGCGCCGCACCGCCGCCGCCCUAACCGCCCAGGGGGCCUCCUUCAUCGCCUGCCCGGUCUUCGGCGCCCCCGCCGCCGCCGACGCCGGACAGCUCGUCGUGGUGCCGGCGGGACCCGCGGAGGCGAUCCGCCGCAUCACCCCUUUCCUGGAGGGGGUGGUAGCGAAAGCGGUGGUGGCGAUGCCCGGGGAGGAUGUCGGACGGGCGUCGACGCUGAAGGUGCUGGGCAACACGUUUAUUCUGAACAUGGUGGAGAGUCUGGCGGAGGCGCUGGUGGCGGCGGAGAAGUCGGGGCUCGGGGCAGAGGUCUAUCGGGAGUUCAUCCAUCGGAUGUUCCCCGGCCCCGUGGCGGCGUAUGCGGACCGCAUGUGCUCGGGGGAUUAUUGGCAGCGCGCGGAGCCGUUGUUUGCGGUGGAUCUCGCGCGCAAGGACCUGCGGCAUGCGGCCAGUCUGGCGCGGAGUGCGGAGAUGCGGUUGCGCAGUGCGGAGGUUACGGAUGGGUAUUUGGAGGUGGUGAAGAAGGAGAAAGGCGAGCAGGGGGAUAUUGCGGCCGUGUAUGGGGCGGUGAGGAAGGAGAGUGGGUUGGAGUUUGAUAAUUGA